CUCAUUAUCACAACUUCAAACAGUUCAUUCAAGAAUUAUCACUGAAUAUAUAUAUAAAUUUUUUCAUUUGAGAGGUUGAAUAUUAAAGAACACAUUGUAUUACAAUGAGUCUAAGACACUUUGUACUGCUGGGUUCAACAGUGGGUGCUUCUUGUGCAAUAGCCUUACCAAAUACUUACUUUUUAGAAAAAUAUAGACAAAUCAGAGCUAAGUAUCGCAUAGAUCAAACAGAAAUUACAGUGUCGGAAAAGUGUCAAAAAAGAUUUCAAGAAGUUCUGGAUGAUCUAAAACUUUCAGAGGAACUGAAAGAGCGUAUAAAACUCUUUCAUGUUUAUGGUAACAAUGUAUUUUCUGCUGGUACUCUUCAUAAACAUCAUGGUCUUGUAAUUGGAAUUCCAAUGAAUUUUGAAUACGAAAAUAUAGAUUCAAUAGAUAAAGACAUGAGGUUUUUAGAAAAUAAAUUUGUUGAUUGGAACUCAAAAAUUGCAAAAGAUUUCUUAAAGUCACUAAUAUUCUCAGAAAAUGCUCAAAAAUUUUCAAUUGCUCGAGAAAUAUUAAUGACAAAACAAUCAGAUCAACGGCUGUGCCUACUUCAGCUUUUCAUGCACAUUACAAUAGUAUAUGGAUUAUAUGAUAUGAUAGUUUGUCGACCUUCAAAAUUGAGUCCAAGAAAAAACCUAAUUCGUUAUGUGUUUGGUUCUAUUUUUUUUAUUGUUGGGAUUGCGGUUUGGAUUGCAAUAAGAGAUUUAUCAGUUUAUGAAUCUGAAAUUAAAGUUGAUGAAUUGUUGUCUAAACUUGGUCCCAAGUAUAUUCAAGGUGGUAAUGAAUUUUAUAAUAAAUUAUUAAAUAGAAAUAUUGCCUUGAGAAGUCUUUUAGGGGAUGAUGGCAAGAAAUUAUUUACAGUAAAUGGAAAUGACAAUUAUUUAAUAAGGCACAGAGGUGUACCACUUUUCUAUAGGAAAAGUUAUUUUGAUUCAAAACUACAAAAUAUUGAACAAUUAAUAUAAGAAGGUUGUCCAUCAACUAUAAUUAUCAUAUUGUACCAUUAC